AUGUCACCUCCCAUCCUCUCAUCACCCUUCCUAAACCUCAACACCAUCAACACCAUCCUCUCUUCCCCUACGCCCAUUCCCAUCGAACAGCGUAUACAGCUAUUGGAAGCCAAAAUCCACCUUCUGACUUCAUCACUGCCCGCGUCCAUCAAGUCUGCAACCACUAUCCCGGAGCAGCGGUCACGUUAUGAUAUCAUGGAAAGGGACAGAGGUACCCUGGACAUUGACAAGAUCAGAGUAGAACUUGGACAAACAUGUCUUAGUCAGAAGAUACCGGAUUAUAUCAAAGCUGAGAUGGAAUUUGGGAUCGUAGAUAGGAACUGUAAGAGCAUACUGAAACGUAUAGAGAAGAGCCUGAUUAGACAGGAUGAGGUAGUCACCUCGAAUGAUCACAUGAAAAUGGAAAUGUUGGAUGAGGUUUGGAUAGAUGAAGUGAAACAGGUUAGGAUAGAUGCACUAACAGGGAUGAUAUUGGUCGAAGAAGGACUUGGUAGAGAAGCUAGAGCUGAGAGGUGGAGAAAGGCUAUCGAAGGCUUAGAAGGACAGGCGAAUACCCCAAUCUGA